AUGCAAUACACGCCGCUUACCACUAGCAGGGCCAAGGUGUUGGAGCAGGCGUUAGCCACAGAAGUACUAGCUGUUCCUCGAAGAGCUAUGUCCCCGCCUCACGCCGACACAUCCAAGGCAUGUCAAUUCCACCAGAAUAGAGGACACACUACUGAAGAGUGCUCUGCCCUUCGGGAUCGUAUUGAGGAUCUCGUUAAAGCCGGACAUCUCCAAAAUUUUGUUCGAGGAGAUAACAGGAGAAAUAAUUAUCGUGCUGGCAGGGAUGAGGGCCGAAAGGAGAAUCGAGAUCGAGCACCCCACAGGAGCCGAUCCCGUGAACGCAGCAGGUCUCAAGAAAGAAGCAGUCAACAGCGAGACCGGAACCAACCCAGGAGAGUGAUAAAAACCAUUGCGGGGGGCUUCGCAGGAGGAGGGAGUUCUUCGUCGGCCCGAAAAAGACACCUGAGGGCGAUCAAAUCGGUUAACUCCAUAGGACGGGCAGCUGCAAUUCGUAUGCCCCCUAUCACAUUCACCGACCAAGAUUUUCAAGGCGUCGAUCCAGUGCAAGAUGACCCCAUGGUCAUUAGUGUGGAAAUUAACAACUAUAUUGUAAGAAAAACUCUUGUCGAUCAGGGAAGCUUGGCUGACAUCUUAUACUGGAAGACUUUCGAGCAGCUCGGCAUCCCCGAACAGGAAUUGAUACCUUACGAUGAACCUUUGGUGAGAUUCUCAGGUGAACGUGUGGACACAAGGGGAACAAUAGACCUGUACACCUAUUUCGGAGACGACCAGCAGAGACGAAGGAUAAAAGUACGGUACGUUGUGGUGAGUGCUAACACGUCGUAUAAUAUCCUCUUAGGUUGA